AUGAUGAAGAGCGUUGGUCAAAAGAUCUAUGACUUGAAGAUCAGUCGAGACCAGCGCAAGUGGGAGCAAGCUGCCUGUGCCUUGGACACCCAAAAAUCUGCUGCUCGACUUGCACAAGCGGCUGUGCAUUCAGCCAUGGCCGUGCAAGACUGUGGGGCCACCAACUUCGCUGAGAGAGGCAAGCAAGGAAAGGCAAAGUGCGCGGUGGAUGUGACUGCAGCCAUUGCAUCCGCCGGCAUUGCAGCGAGCUUGAUCACGAUCAGUACCAUCAAUUGUCCAGAAAAUGUGAGGAGCCUUGAGACCCUACAGAAGAGGCUGUGUGCAGCGUCAAUCAUUGAUUUGACCGUUGCCGCAAGCUACAUUGGGACAUCGAUUGCCAGCAUUUCGGGUACAUGUGGCACCCUUGAUGAGUAUCCUGGAGUGCCAGGGACCUAA